AAUAAGUAAGAUUUUAUUGAAAACAAGGUUACUAAGAUUUUGUAUGGAAACAAACUCAGAAUCGGAUCCCGAGUGGCCCGCUCAGGUGAAAGACCCAUGCACAUAUCUCGAGCAGUCGGGUUGUAUAUAAGUCAAUAAGCCUUAUACAAUUGACUGCAUUUAUACUUCAGCAAGGCUUUGUGGACAAAGGUGAAAUAUUAAGCAAGAAAUUUCACAAGAUGGUUGUAGCUACUGUAGGAGUAGUUGGAGGAGUAACUGCCAUUGUUUUAACUGGUGGAGCAGCAGCACCUAUUGUUGCAGCUGCCGCAGCCGAAGGAGUAGCGAUAGGAGCAACUGGCGCCGCAACAGCGACAGCCGUCGGGGUGGCAGGAGCAACGGCAGCAGCUACUGCGACAGGAGCUAUCACCGGUGCAGCAAUUACUGCUGGAACAGCCGGAGCUACUGUUGCUGGUGUUAUAACAGGUGCAGCAACUAGCGCUGCUAUCGCCGGAGGCACUGCUGCAGGAGUUAGUGCUUCAGGAACUGGUGCUGCUGCCUUAGUCACCGCUGGAGUGGCUGCGGGUCCAGUCGGAUGGUGUAUACUAGGCACUGAAAAGCACAUCAUUCACAAAAGCGACAAUCAAGUGGCGACGUACACAUUCGACUGCUGGAAACAAGUUGUUCAUGACAUGUCGACGGAACCCUCCAAAGGAAAAUUGCUGCGCGAUGUUGUCGGUGACCCACGAGUCAAACAGACGAUCGUAAAGAGCAACGAAGACGGUCAGCUUCCAGAAAUAAUUCUUCAGAAUAUAUGGGAUGAACUUUUCAGCAUUGAUUUCGUCAUGUUGUCGUCUCAACAGCUGGCAGCCCAUGCUGUGCGUAUGUAGUAACUCUGGCCACCAAUGUACAAUCAAUUUAAACAAAAAACAAUGAUGGUGUGAUUUCUGUGUAAAUAGAAUAAAUAUUUUGUAUAGUGAA